UUCCAGCAGCCCACCCGUGGCUUAAGUGAGGGCGGAAGAUGGCGGCGGCCGGGACGGGUCCGGGGGAUCCCGACGGGGGGUCUGAGGGGUCAAACCGCGACCGGAGCGCCUUUGAGUGCAACAUCUGUUUGGAGCCUGCAAGAGAAGCAGUCAUUGGUCUCUGCGGGCACCUCUAUUGCUGGCCUUGCCUUCACCAGUGGCUAGAAACACGGCCCGAGCGGCAGGAAUGUCCCGUGUGCAAGGCAGGCAUUAGCCGCGACAAAGUCAUCCCCCUCUAUGGCCGUGGAAGCUCGGCCCAGCAGGAUCCCAGGUUGAAGACUCCCCCCCGGCCACGGGGUCAGCGCCCAGAACCUGAGUCCCGAGGGCAGGGCGUGGGCGGCUUCCCUGACGCAGCCACCGGCUUCCAUAUGGCGUUUGGCAUCGGCGCAUUUCCCUUUGGGUUUUUCGCUACCGGCUACAGCGGCCAAGGAGAAAGAGCAGAAGCGGAUGCCAUCAGACCAUCGGGCUGGCAGGAUUCUCUGUUCCUCUUCAUCGCCAUCUUCUUCUUCUUCUGGCUGCUGAGCAUCUGACCGGACCCUACUGGACUUGCCCUACGCUAAAGACUUCAGAACUGGAUGGGAGGGCUUCGAUAUUGGGAGGGGAAGGAGAUGUUGUCGGCGGGGGGGGGGAGGGGUGGAGUUUGUUUCCAGGCGGUGCACGGGCUGGGCAGGAAGGGUCGUGAGGAUGUAAUUUAGACAUGACGGUUCUCUGUCAAAUUCCGCCUGCCCAACACACACAUGCAUAUGCGCGCACAUAUCUUAUGCAGAAUUAAAGUAUGUAAUAGGACUACUUUGGAGAUUUUGCAGUAGGGUGGGAAAGGGUGGAUGUCCCAUGGCUUAAUUGGGAUGGGGGGAAACUAUUGUAAUGAUCAAACAGUAGGAUUGUUUUUCCUUCCCCUUCUGAUUCCUCUGUGGGGAGGGGAGCUCGAUCAAAUAGAUUUGGGAGCAGGUGAGGGUUACCCGUCAUCUGUCUCUCGGGAGGGGCUGUCUUUCAGCACGCCAGAAUACCGCGUUGGCUCAUCUACCGCUUCCCCCCCCCCCCCCCGCGGGGUGGGGCGUGUGCCAUCUUGGUUUGUUGGCACUGUAGGUGAUUCAGGACAGGAGGAGUGGCGAGAGCUGGCGUGCAGUCUUCCUUAAUCUUGGCACUUCUUGGGUUGAGGUCUCCCCCACCCCUCACCAUCGUUUGUGGCUUAUAUGCCGUCCAUUGCUAGACAAGGCCCUGUGCAGAAAUCCAGAGUGCCCUUUGCCCCGUCUGUGAGCUGACGCUAUAACACACGAGGGGCAGGGCUUAGAAAAGACGAGAAGGGUGGGGAGGGAGCAUCCCUUUUCUCUUCAUAAAAAGCACAAGUCCAGAAAUCCAUGCAAGUGGGGGGGGGGAGCAAUGCAAAGACUGGAGAUGUCCGCCGGCGGCGGGGAGUUGUUCUUGGAAGCACCCCUCUCCAAUGCUAGCGCAUCCCGAUCCUGCCGUUCCACUUGCCGACCACCGGACUAGGAAUGGAUUUUGCAGGCAUGACAUACACACCCCAGCCACGGGGCCACUCGUGGCUGGUUCUGUGGGACAUAAGAAUGUCUCAUGCUUUUGCAAAGAUGCCAGCUAGUCAAGCUAGAGCAGUGAUUGCAGGGCAAUUAGCUUUAUUCUGC